UUGGGAGUUCUUCAUCUGGAUAUUCUCAUCCAAGUAACUUCUCCUUUGUGCCAAAAGAGUGUUUUGUAAUCCUUAAAAAAAGUGAAAAUGAAGUUCUUGAUUGCUCUCUUUGCCGUGAUCGUGGUGGUAGCAGCCAAACCUCGCCCUCAAGACUAUAGGACACCUGACUACUAUGACUAUCAGCCAGAGCCAAAAGUUCACCAAACAGAAGUUCAACCUGCCCAUUUUGCCAGAACCCCAGAGCCCUACCACGGAACCUACAACUACCCCACUAGGGCUCCAACAACUGAGAAAGUCACGAGGAAACCCAUCAUUGAUGUAACUCACUACAAUAGUGAAAGUGAUGACACGCACUAUUCUUUCUCGUAUGAGACUGAGGAUGGUCAGAAGCGAAAAGAGGAGGGUGAGGUCGUAAAUCCCGGUACCGAAGAUGAAUCCUACGUUGUUCGAGGCUCCUACAGUUACGUAAAUGAUGGUCUGCUCUACGUUGUAACUUACUUCGCCGACGACACAGGAUUCCAUCCACAUGUAAAGAAGACGCCAAUUACCCAUGCCUAGGAGAUUCGGGAAAUUGCAGAAUAUUGACCAAUUUACUUAGGCUAAUUGUCAAUUUUUGUGACAAAUAAAUGACGAUGAAUCAAAAA